GUCUCUAUGGCUUUAGAGGUCUUGGCUCUCCUUGCUGCCUUGGUUUGUGCUUGUGCCUGGAACAUUGAUGUGUCAACACAUUGUUCUCUGGACUGGAUGAUGGUCUUUGUUAGUUCGGCUUCCAAGAACAGAACCAACCCAUAUAUUUUUGCUGAUGAAUUAGUUCUGGGAAAGGGUUGCCCUGCAACUCGAAUACACACAUAUCAGUAUGAUUUUAUAUAUCCUGUUUUUCACUGUGGCAUCAGGACAAAGAUCAUCUCAGAGGAAACCAUCUCUUUUGAAACUGAGAUGCACUUUACUCCAAGAAAUGUUGAUUGUGAAUCCCAGAUGGUCCCUUUGCAAUGUUUUGCAUCUCGGAAGUCAGUGUGGCUUGUGCCAGUGUCUCCUGAUGAGGACCUCAGAGUGGAUGAGAGUCCCUUUAUGACUGACUUUGAAGCUACUCCAGAGGAGUUGGGGUUAUUAACAUCUCACCAUCCUGCUUCCUCCCCAAAUAGGGAAUCAUGAAUUUCAUUGUGAAACAAAGCCU